AUUUCCCAACAAUUGCUGGUCACCUGCCAAAGUGGCUGAAGAGUGAACACAAACUCACCAGCCUGAAACAACAGUUUACCAGCACUCAGCCUGUGUGGCUGGUGUUCAUGUUCUACGCUGUUUGUGAAGUUUUGGUUUUAAAGCAUCCGUCAAACUUAUUAUUCUUUUGAGAUGCGAAUGUCCCGGCGUGCUACAACAUGCAGGAUAGGCUGCCUGCAGACUGUCAGCAGAGGAGGAGGGCAGCAGCGCGGGCUGGCCAUAGGCCCUGAGCCCUGCUCGUUGAGUUUCUGAUCGGCUCAAUGUCGGAUUAGUUCACUGACGGAGAUGCUGCUGAGCCUGUGGCAGAUCAGGUCUCGCUGCUCCACUCGUGUAACCCCACAGCACGCAGUGAACUUGACAAACAGCAGAGAGAUGGAGGCAUUCAAUGAAAGUAUUCCCUCGCGAGAAAGUAAGCAGGACCAAAACCUGGCCGAGAGUCGCCUUUCCUACAGAGACGGAGAGCAGAAAGGCUUCACUUCAAAGCCUGUUUUUAACUUUGCAGAACCCAUUGUGCAAGCUUGCCAGGACGUUGCUGUUUUUACUGUAUAGGGUAUUUAUAACGGCAGAACAAGAGACUCCUGAGGCAAAUUCCUCCCAGGAUAUGUUUCCGUUGUGCCCGGAGGGACGAGCCGAACAGUCACACACUUUGCCUGAAUCAAGAAGGGAGCACUACGUUAACCACAAGGCACCGCUUGCACUUAAAAAACCCAGUGCUGCUGCUUUCAAGGGAUGUAAACGGCUCCGAGCCAGAGAGAUUGCCUGGUCUAUCCUUAGCAGGUCCCUGGAUGCCCCGCGGUGCACCGUCCUCGGCCGCGCAGUGCUUCCCAAUGGCCGGCAGUUGACCCCGCCCACCAGGAUGACGCUGCGCGAGCAGCUGAGAGAGAAGAUCUCGGCGGCCUUCUACCGCCACGGGCUGCUGUGUGCCUCCUACCCAGUACCCAUCAUCCUCUUCACCUCAGCCAGCAUCCUCACCUGCUGCUAUCCGUUAUUGAGGCUUCCCCUGCCUGGGACGGGUCCCGUGGAGUUCACCACAGGAGUGCGAGAUUACAGCGUCCCUUCCCAUGAGCCUCAGGGAGACCUCGGAGAACGGCCCGACUGGUACCGGGGUCCUCCGGUUGCCUACAUCCAGCAGGUGUUGGUGAAGGCGGCGGUGUCUCCGUGGGACAGCAGCCUGGUGACGGUGGACGUGUUUCGGUCGCCGCUGGGCCGAGCCUUCAGCCUGCUGGAGGAGAUACGCAACCACGUCCACUCUGACAGCUCCGGGGUUCGUAGUCUGGAGACGCUGUGUCUCCAGGUGACCGACCUGUUUCCGGGCUUACGGCGGAUGCAGUCGGUUCUGCCGGAGCACGGCUGCCUGCUCGUUUCUCCCGGCAACUACUGGCAGAACCAGCGGGAGCUGUUCGACUCGGACCCCGACCUCCUCAAGACCAUCCAGAAACAUGAACCCAAAGGCCUGCACACCUCGGCCACGCUGCGAGACCUGCUGUUUGGUGUCCCUGGGAAGUACACUGGGGUCAGCCACUACAACAGGAAGAAGGUGGUGACCUACACGAUGACUUUAGUGCUGUCCCGCUACGAUGCAAGGUUCCUGGGCAGCCUGCGGGCGCGUCUGAAGCAGCUCCACCCGUCGGCCAACUGCAGCCUGAGAGACGACCACAUGGUUCACGUCCACUUUAAAGAGGAGAUCGGCAUCGCCGAGCUCAUCCCCCUCGUCACCACAUACAUCAUCCUUUUUGCCUACAUCUACUUCUCCACACGAAAGAUUGACAUGGUGAAGUCUAAGUGGGGUCUGGCUCUGGCUGCCGUGGUCACAGUCCUCAGCUCUCUGCUCAUGUCUGUGGGACUGUGUACGCUGUUUGGACUGACACCCACGCUCAACGGAGGGGAGAUCUUUCCUUAUCUGGUGGUGGUGAUCGGCCUGGAGAACGUCUUAGUCCUCACCAAGUCCGUGGUGUCCACCCCCGUCGACCUCGAGGUCAAACUUCGCAUUGCUCAGGGCCUUAGUAAUGAGAGCUGGUCUAUCAUGAAGAACAUGGCCACUGAACUGUGCAUCAUCCUCAUUGGGUAUUUUACUCUGGUGCCAGCUAUCCAGGAGUUCUGUCUGUUUGCUGUGGUGGGGCUGGUGUCUGACUUCUUCCUGCAGAUGUUCUUCUUCACCACAGUACUAUCUAUAGACAUCCAACGCAUGGAGCUGGCUGAUUUGAACCGCCGCCUGCCAGCCGAAGCAGGACUCCCGCCCCCCAAGCCCGGCCCGCUGCGAACACGCGAGGCCCCCCCUCCGCCGCGGCCCUCCCCCCACACAAUCACCCUGCAGACCCCGGCCUUCAGGAAUCUAAGGCUUCCCAAGAGGUUGCGUGUGGUGUACUUCCUGGCCCGCACACGCCUGGCUCAGCGCAUCAUCAUGGUUGGAACGGUGAUCUGGAUCGGCAUCCUCGUCUACACCGACCCAGCUGGCAUACGCACUUACCUGGCUGCACAGGUGUCUGAGCAAAGCCCUCUGGGAGAUCCCGGAGGAGGCGGUCUGCCCCCUCACCUCGGGGUGGCCCCCGUCUUUCGUGGAGGCGAUCCUACCAGUACCCUCGGCAUCAACCCCGCACCGGCUCCUACUCCCAUACCUGAGAACCAGUCACAGGGCCACCAUGGCUCCUCCAGGGUAGGGCCCCUCCCAGAGGCCCCGCCUCCCGCCGUGCCCCAGAUCACCUGGGGAGCGGAGGACGAGGAGGGCUGGAGGAGGCUCUCCUUCAGGCACUGGCCAUCGCUUUUCAGCUACUACAACAUCACUUUAGCUAAGAGGUACAUCAGCAUCCUGCCCGUCAUUCCCGUCACCGUUCACCUGAGCCCCCAAGAGGCCAUUGAGACGCGUCACCCUCAGGACACAAAACACCCCCCACCAUCUAUUCCCAAGGUUGCUGUAGAUAUACAGACGGACCUCACGCUCUACAAGGUGGCAGCUCUGGGCCUGGCGGCGGGCGUCCUGCUGGUUCUUCUUCUCUUCUGUCUCUACCGGGUUCUCUGCCCGCGUAAUUACGGCCAGAACGGUGUCACUCAUGGGCGCAGGCGCCGAGGGGACCUGCCCUGCGACGAUUACGGCUACUCGCCACCCGUCAGCGAGAUCUCACCACUGCUGCUGAGGGGCCACAGUAUGGACAUUGAGUGUUUAGCCAGUGAUGGGAUGCUGCUGGCUAGCUGUUGCCUGGAAGGACAGAUUCGGGUCUGGGACGCCCAGACUGGUGACUGUUUGACUGUCAUCCCAAACCAUGGGCUCAGACGGAGCAGCAGCAGUGGCUGCUGGGAGCAGCGGGACGGCUGGGACAGCGUGAGCGGAGCCGGCGAGACCGAGUGUUUAGGCUCCGAAGCUCACGGAUCCUCCAUCAGCGGUGACGGCCUAUCGGAGGGAGAGGGCUACCCGCUGAGACGCCGCACUGCUCCCAGCCGGCCGACGCUAUUCACCGACCAGCCCGAUCUCACCCCGCUCAUUGACACCAACUUCACCGACCAGCCCCCCUCCCACCUCUGCACCCCGCCCAGGGAUGGCUUUGACUUUGGAGGUCUGGUGGAGCGCGCCUACAUGGAGCACGAGCCCCCGUCGCCCUCCGCCUACCCCUCUCCUUCCUCAGCCUCCUCCUCGCCGCCGUCAGGAGCUCAGCUCCAGAGAAGACCCAGCUUAGGGGAUUCAGCCGCCUUCUUAACCCAAGAUAGAGCCUCCGCAGCGGGGACGCAGGCGACGGCAGACUGGGAAAGCUCUGUCUGGGCCAUGGAGCUGAGAGGAAAUCUAAUAGCUGCUGGGAGGAGCAGCGGUAAACUGGAGUUGUGGGAUGCAGUGGAAGGGUCGUUACGCUGCGUUAACGAAGACGGAGUCUCUGGGAUCACAGCCCUAGCCUUCCUCAACAACAGAAUCGUAGCGGCUCGGCUGAACGGGUCUCUGGAUUUCUUCACUGUUGAGAUAAACAAGCCUCUGGGUCUGCUGCAGUACAGAGGAGCCCCUGGGCGAGGCAGCAUGCCUCCCUCUCCCUGUUACAGCAGCGAGGAUGUGAUCAGCUGCCAGCUCACACGCUCGGUACAGUGCGCUCACCAGAAGCCGAUCACGGUGCUGCGAGCGGCCGCCGGGAGGGUCGUCGCCGGUAGCCAGGACCACACUGUCCGGGUUUAUCGUCUAGAGGACUCGUGUUGCCUCUUCACCCUGCAGGGUCACUCUGGAGGGAUCACAGCCAUUUACAUAGACCAGACGAUGGUUCUGGCGAGCGGUGGGCAGGACGGUGCCAUCUGCCUGUGGGACGUCCUGACAGGGAGUCGUGUCAGCCAUGUUUACGGUCACCGUGGAGACGUCACCUCGCUGGUCUGCACCACCUCUUGUGUCAUUAGCUCGGGACUGGAUGACCUCAUCUGUAUCUGGGACCGCAGCACCGGGAUCAAACUCUACUCGAUACAGCAGGAGGUGGGUUGUGGUGCCAGUCUGGGAGUGAUCUCCGAGUCUCUCCUGGUAACGGGGGGCCAGGGCUGCGUCUCGUUUUGGGACCUGAACUUCGGUGACUUGCUGCAGACGGUCUACCUGGGCCAGAGCAGCGACGGACAGGGCGUCCGGCAGCUGCUGGUGCUUGACAACGCCGCCAUCAUCUGCGACUUCGGCAGCGAGCUCAGCCUGGUGUACGUGCCCUCCGUGCUCGAGAAACUAGACUGAGGAGGGACGGACGGAGGGUAGUCGUUGAUGGUGGUGGGAACAAAAACAUGCACUCGCAACAUCGUUUCCACCUCCAUCACUUCUUUUUUUGUUUCUGACACCCAAAGGAGACCCGAUCAUUAGACCGGUUUCCAUCUGCGCACAAGGCUCUUUUUAUUUUUUUUUUUUUUUUUUUAGAUGUUUUAAAGUACAAGCCUGGAUGUAAUUAUGAAAAAAAAAAGCUGAGGAUUGAUUGUGCAACCUGCUGCGUUUUAUCGGAGGAGAGUGACAGACCCUUGAUACUGAACUGUUGACAUUUACAAGGGUCAUGAGGUUUGUUUAAGAAAAGCUGGAUGUUUCUCAUUUAAAGAGGAUCCACCAGUCUGUGCUUUUUUUUUGUUUGUUUUUUUAAAUGCGUGUUUGUUUUGUGGCUCUGCCCUCUAUGCUGCUUGUACGGGUGGGGCUUCACUGUGACCCCCACCCACCCAGAGAGGAAGAUAACUGUCUCCUUAUAUUUUAAUAUUCCUGCUGCCUCUUUUGCUCGACAGCAAAGUGCAGCCACAGCAAGCUCUACGGGUCUACGGCCUGUUGGGAUGAGCUGCACAGUUACACGUGUGUGUGUGUGUGUGUGUGUGUGUGUGUGUGUGUGUGUGUGUGUGUGUGUGUGUGUGUGUGUGUGUGUGUGUGUGUGUGUGUGUGUGUGUGUGUUUGAAUGAAUCUAGGCCCUUUUUAUGGCAAAAAUACUGCUGAGAACAAAAAUAGUUUGGAAAUGUGUGUGAGGGAUAACUGAUGAUUACUGUGUAAAGUAAACCUCCAUAGGGGGCUGUUUUUUUUUAUGUAUAAAUCUAUUAUUUAUUAGCGAUACAUUUUUUAAAAUAACAGUUUAUGAAUGGCUAAUCCCAGCUCUUUAACAUGAAUAUAACAAUGGGGAAAUAAUGACCUAAAUGUAAAAUGGCGAUUGUUUUUUUGGGGCGGGGGGGUUGGGGCUGUGGUUAUAAAACGAUUUGUGAUAUUGAACUUUGAAACACUGAAGUGUUUGUUUUUAUGAAAUUCGGGGGCUGUAGUAGGAAAGGUUCCUCCUUUUAUCCCAGCCUCUGAUUCUGGGGUUACUGAUGUGUGCUACAUCUUUAUCGGGCUACCUCCAUUUUCCAAACUGCUUGAAUUUUGGAUGAGAAUACUGACUUUGUUCUGCACAGGCUGUCAUUAGCUGACGUCAUGUUUACAUUGGCAGUUUUUAUAAAUUGUGCCCUUUUUAGAGAUUUUUUUUUUUAAAUCACCGUUUACUGUACCUGAUUCAACUUUUGACUCCUGCAUUUUCGUUUUGGCCACAAAUGACAAAACUCUUUUUAAAACGUGGGUUGUUUAGAAGCAGAAAGAAAUAGAAUUUGCACACAGUUUCUGUGCUCCCACAAUCAUUUUUUAAUCUACUGUUACUGUGCAAAGGUUUGAUUAAUCGUACAUCUUAAUGAGGCAUAAAACAUUUAAUUUCACAUGAUAUACAUAUCUCCAAACGAUGCCAAUAAGCAGCAGGUAUUGGUCUUAUGGACAAUUUGCUACACCCCCAGGGCCAACUGUGUACUCUAUUCCGAACAAUUGGAGGGUGAAGUGAUAUGUUGCUUAUUGUGAUUGCUUGCUUCUGGAAAUGCUUUGCGCCUGAUAGAUAUGUUCUAUUUAUUUAUGCUUCAAAACUCUGAUAUAAAGUAAAUUGGUUGGUUUAAAAUUCAGUGGGCAGAGCCAAAGAAUACACUGGUAUGGUUUCAAUCUAUAAUUCAGCAAGUGGUUUCCAUUCUGCACAAAACAAGCAUCUGGAAAUGGUGGUUUUCAGUGUCAUCAUUUACUUAGGACUGCAUGUCACAGAAACCAGGCGUGUGACCUGCUUGGCAUUGUAGCCUGUUAAUUUAUUAGCUUGUUUUCUGUUGUAAACGGUAGUCGAGAACGCUUUAGAAACAGGAAAAUGUGUAGUUUUUUUGGUUGUUUUUUUACUUAUGUUUUCUAGCAAUGUGAAUUUGAUUUAAAGCAAAAGUUGGACGUUUUGGGAAAUUUGCUAAACGUUUUUCGCUUUCUGGCAGGGAGAUUUGAAUAAGAAGGUCGAUACUACACCGGUUGACUUAAAGCUAGCAUCCGUUAGCUAACGUUAGCUAGCUAGGUUACACAAAGACUGGAAAUGGAGGAAACGGCUAACGUUAGCCUGGCUCUCUCAGAUGCUAACCAAAUGUACUCACCAGCAACUUGAAGCUCACCAGCUCACUAAUUAACACGUUGGUUGUGUCUUUAUUUAUUUUUAACCAAUUAAAUAAACAAGAUAUCACUUAUUUCCUUUGCUUUUUUGACUAGUGAGCUGCUGUAAAAAGUGAAUUUCCACGGUGUGGAAUCACAAAAUUGUAUCUUAUCUUAUAUAACGUGUUAAUUAGUUAGCUAGCUAGCUAGCUUAAGAAGUGCCGGUGACUGACCCAGGCUGGUUGUUCUCCCGUUUCCGCUCUUUGUGCUAAACUAACCUGCUGCUGGCUGUAACUUCAUAUCUUUUAUAAGAGUGGUAGCUCCUCGUCUAACAGUUCACCAGUCAGCUAAUUAAAAGUAUUUCCCAAAAUGUCUAGCUAUUCCUUUAAAGAUAAGGUGGUGUGGCAAUUUCACUUGAAUUUUAGCUUCUUUUGAAUGUUUUUGGACUUGGCCUUGUAACAAUCCAUUUCCAACACUACUUUGUCAGUUAAUAUGAUUCUGCCCAAUAUAUUUGAGUAAACCAUGCUCGUUAACUGCUGUUUCCGAACAUACCUUUUCAUCCUGUUGCUUUCAUUCACCCGGCUGUCAGCGUAUCAUAUCAAAAGUCUGGAUGCAGCCGUGACAUCCUCCUGUCCUGUCCUUGUUAAAAGGACCAUGUCCUAUGGCUGCAUCCUCACAAUAACGGCAGACCUCUGAAAUUAACGCUUUUGUGGUCCACAUCUGAUCCUCCACCUGCUGCCUAAACGAGUAAAAAUUUGUAUCAUUUCACUUCUUACUGUUUAGACAGCUGUCAGGAAAAUCAGAGCUGUAGCAGAAAAACAAAACAAAAAACUAACAUUUAGGUUUAUUUAACCCCCAGGUCUCCUCCCUUUAUUGGCAGGCUACAAUCUAGGUUAUUUAAUUUACUAUUUUGUAACACACACAAAAAAAAGCGCAGACUUUGUACUAAUUUUCAAAUAAAAAGAGGCUUUGAUACCACAACA